UUCCAGCAGAAUCUGCCACAUCACUUUGCCGUGGCUGCAACCAGGCACCUCCAGAGAGACAACUCAUCCUUCAGAGGAUCAUCAGCCAUGGAGGAUAAAACAGUGCCCCAUGCCUACCCCAUGACUGCCGAAUAUGAGUUUGCUAACCCAACAAAGAUAUUUGAUCAAAACUUUGGAGAAGGUAUAGCAGCAGAGGAUCUUCUCUGUCCCACGUUAUAUCAUGGCUAUUAUAUCAGGCCCAGGAAGAACAAAUCUAAUGACAGAGGCUACUCUGAGAUCAGCUGCAAUGAGCAGACGUUCCAGGUCCUCCUGGAUGUGAGCCACUUUCUUCCUGAUGAGAUCAGUGUCCGUACUAUUGACAACCUGCUAGAGGUCACUGCCCAGCAUCCACAGAAAAUUGAUAGGCAUGGCUUCGUCACUAGGACCUUUACCAGGACAUACGUUCUACCCUUGGAUGUAGACCCUCUUUUGGUGAAAGCCUCAUUGUCUCAUGAUGGGAUCCUCAGUGUUACAGCUCCAAAAAAAGGACUAGACCUCAAGGAAGUUAUAAAUAUAGUGAAGAUCGAGGUAGAGAAGUCACCACAGUCUGGAGAAGGUACCUCUGCUAAGCUGAAUGGAUAACAAGCUAUGAAGCAGAAUUCGUAAACAUGAAAUUUCUUUGUUCUUUAGCAAAGUUUAAAAAUAAAGAUAACAUUAUUUUAA